GAUGACCGCCCUCACGAAGCCUCGAGCGCCGGCGACGUCAACAAGAUCCGACGCCUGACGAAGGAGAACCCGAAGUUGGCCAUGGCCCGCAGUGCCGAGGGGGCGGUGGCACUCCACUACGCGGCCCGCUCGGGGAACACGCAGGCCACCAAGAGCCUGCUCAGCGCCUACCCCGAGGGACUCCAUGUGGAGGAUUAAUGAGGGAAGGACGCCCAUGCACUAUGCUGGUAUGGCGGCCAGUGCAGGGUCGAAAGGUACCUAUGACAUGUUGAAGAAGGAGGGAGGAGACGACACUCUGGAAGAUCUGAAUGGCCGCACGCCCGAGAACUACAGGGAUAAUCCUGUCAAUGGUCGAAACCAGUCACGAGCUCCUUCAAGGGCUCCCUCGAAAGCUCCAUCGAAGGCUCCUUCUCUAGCUCCCUCUCGGAACCCAUCUCGAGCUCCCUCUCGCGCUGCUUCUGAGGGAAAAGGUCCUUCUCGAGGUCCUUCUCGGGGUCCAUCUCAAGGUCCUUCUAGAGGUCCGUCUCGGGGUCCUUCUCAAGGUCCUUCCCGAGGACCUUCUCGAGGACCUUCUCAAGGUCCUUCUCGAGGUCCUUCCAGAAACCAGUCGAGAAACGAAAACCCGAGUCGAGGGCCUUCGAGAGCCGGCAGCAGGGACGAGGACAUGGAGAGGGCCAUCACGGCGGCGGAGGACGGCGACUACAGCCUCAUGUCCGACAUCAUCAUCAUGGGCGACGGACAACAGCUGGUAGGACGCCACUCCAAGGACCCGGAAGUCGACGAGUUCCUGCAGAGGAUCCCGAAACACCUGGAAUCCAUCGAGGAGCUCCACCAGGCGGCCGAGAAAGGAGAGACGAGAAAGGUCAUCAGCCUCCUCGACCGGAAGAAGAAGGCGCAGACGAGGGAUGCGAACCACGCGAACAUCCUGCACAAGGCGACCAUCUACGGGCAUACGGACCUGGUGAGAUAUCUCGUCCAGAACUUCCCCGAGCUGCUGGAACAGAAGGACCUGAAGGGCCGAACUCCCGUGCACUACGCCGCGGUUCUCAGGGACGGCGGCCAUGUUUACAAAAUCUUGGAGAAGGGAGGAGGGAAGACGGACGUAAAAGAUGAUACCGGCCACUCGCCCCAAGAAUACAUGGACAAUCCUCAAAUUCUUACGCAAUGGGACUUAAGAACACAACUAGAGGAAGGUAUUGGUGAAGGAGGCAACAACAACCGCAAGAGUUCGCGACCCGAGACGAAGGGCAGUGAAGGUACACUGGAACUUGUCAGAAUGCCCAAGGAUAGAUACACCUUUGGACUACACACGUUCAGUCUGACUACAAUGAGAGUAGAGUUCGCACUGUUCGCUUAUUGUCAGUCAGUUUUAACACUUAACGUAAAGGUGUUGAUGAUGGUGUUGAUGCAUGACCUUGUACGGAGCACUGAGCCCCCUCCCCCCCCCUACACCAGAGCACGCACGAGCCACCACGAGCCAGCACGCGUGAGGUCGCACUCGAGUCCCAGAUAUUGUUGUGAGAGGUUGUUAAGCGUGUGGUUCCCCUCCCCUCUCCCCCCCCGCCCCCGCCAGCCACCAGCUACUACGGGCGACGAGGACGGCAUGGAGCGCGUCGACCCCGAGACGCUGGCCACGCUCGAGAAGGAGUACCGGCGGCUCAAGGGCGUGUCCUCCCGCAUGCUCAUGAAGAAGUACCUGACGAAGGACGUGUUCGACAAGCUCAAGUACCGCGUGACGGAGGCGGCGCACGCGCUGGACGUCAUCAAGUCGGGGCUGGCCAACCCCGACUCCGGCAUCGGCCUCUACGCCCCCGACGCCGAGUCCUACACGCUCUUCGCCGACCUCUUCGACCCCGUCAUCGACCAGUACCACGGCGGCUUCGGGCCCAGCGAGCGCCACCCCGGCAUCGACUUCGGCUCCGCGGACUCGCUCGGCGACCUGAACGAGUGGGGCGACUACGUGGUGUCGACGCGCGUGCGCUGCGCCCGCUCCAUCGAGGGCUACCCGUUCAACCCGCUGCUCACGGCCGAGCAGUACGCGGAGCUCGAGCAGGACGUCGAGGUGGCGCUGGACACCCUCGACGGGGACCUCGCCGGCUACUACAGGCCCAUCAACCGCCUGUCGCUGGAGGAGCAGGACAAGCUGCUGGAGGAGCACCUGCUGUUCAAGCAGGGCGACCGCUUCCUGGAGGCGGCGGGCGCGUGCCGCUUCUGGCCGGACGGGCGCGGCAUCUUCCUCAACGCCGACAACACGCUGGUGGUGUGGGUGAGCGAGGAGGACCACCUGCGCAUCAUCUCCAUGCAGGACGGCGGCGACCUGCGCCAGGUGUACAGCCGCUUCGUGCGCGCCGUCACCGCCCUCGGCGACCGCCUGCCCUUCAGCUACUCGCAGCGCCUCGGCUUCCUCAACUUCUGCCCGACCAACCUGGGCUCCGCCAUCCGCGCCUCCGUCCACAUCCGCCUGCCGCGCCUGGGCAACGACCGCCGCAUCCUGGAGGACACGGCCGACCAGUUCCACCUGCAGGUGCGGACCGGCGAGCACUCGGAGGCCAAGGACUUCGUGUUCGACAUCUCCAACCGGCGGCGACUCGGCCUCACGGAGAUCGAGGCGCUGCAGGAGAUGUACGACGGCGUCAGGGAGAUCAUUCGGCUCGAGAAGACCAUGGAGAAGAACGGCAGCAGGAAGGGCUCGGCGUACUUCUAGGGGCC